GAGGUAGAGUAGAGGAUGUCAUGACUACUAGAGUGCGAGCAGAGCGAGAGAGAGAAGACAGACAGACAGACAGACAGGUAGCAGGGCCAGGGAAAGAAGGACACAGAGAGGGAGAGCUUUGGCGAGCGAGAGAGAAUCAAGUCACAGAUCCGGAGCUGCGCAGCCACCAGACGCAGCAGGGCAGAGAGCUACAUAGGACAGGCUCCAACUCAGGCAUGGUUCUGGUUCUGGACCCCCUGGUGAGGAAAGAGGUCUCCAGCCCUCUGCUGAACCAUCCAAAGAGCUGGGACCCUGUGACAUCAUCAGAGCUGGAUGUGGUCCUGUCCCACCGCCAGUGCUCUGAUUCGACAUCCUCGGACCACACCCUGGCCUCCAGGCCCCGUCUCGACUCAGGAGCCUCAGAGAAGAGCCUGGGUCUGGGCUCAGCCUUCAGAACCAGGGUAGACUCAGGAGCGUCAGAAAAGAGCCUGGGUCUGGGCUCAGCCUUCAGAACCAGGGUAGACUCAGGAGCGUCAGAAAAGAGCCUGGGUCUGGGCUCAGCCUUCAGGACCAGGGUGGACUCAGGAGCAUCAGAAAAGAGCCUGGGUCUGGGCUCAGCCUUCAGGACCAGGGUGGACUCAGGAUCGUCAGACAGAAGCCAGUGUUCAGUCCACAGAGGCAGACUGGACUCUGGGGCCUCCGAGUCCCGCUUCAGACCGAGACUAGACUCUGGCACGUCAGACUCCAGCACGGAACCGCCAGCCCCUCUAGGCUCUGAGACCUCUGACAGCACAGGGCUGCUGUCACGGAAACGACGGGACUCUGGGACUUCUGACCUGAGCGUGGGUGGGUCUUCUGUUGAGCGGGGCCGUGUGGAAGAGCCAGAGGUGACCAUGAGUAGCUCCUCCUCCAGCACAGAUUCAGAGGCUGAGAGCACCAACCACCAUUCAGCCCAACCCCGCCAAGACCGCUCCACUACCAACUGUGAUCAGCCUGAUGGGGCCGUCCUAUCCAGGAAAGCCUCAGACUCCCACAGUACCCUGCUCAAUGGCAGUUCCAAGGGAAGAGGAGACAUCCAGGAACAGAAGGUCAGAGAUACUUUAUUCACUACUCUCAGCAAAGCAAGCGAUGCAGUGCCUGAAAAGGAGCCGGUUGUCUUGGCCCCGUUUGGCCGGGCUAACUCUGUGCGGGACCGUAUGCGUAAGUUCACAGAGCCCAGCCCAAGCCCCAGUGUCCCGUUCCUGAAGAGGGGCUCUCAGUCUCUAAGGAAUGGGACAGCCCCCAGUGCCCGAGUCCUAGGCAGAGCCACCGAGCUGAGUGAGGGACGAGCAGCAGCGCCAGUCAACCAAACAGCAAUGACCACAGCAGUAUCCAUCAGAUCCCUUACAGACAGGCACGGGAGACCCCAUGUAGGUUCUACAUCGUACUCUUCAUCCUCCUCCUCCUCAGAGAACCUUGUCCAAUGCCAGGGCACAAUUCAGCCAGGGGGCGUGGCCACCAAAGAUCUGCAAACCGCUGCUCCAUCCAUGAGCACUGUAGGCGGGGCGAAGCAGCCGGCUAAAAAGCUGCAGCACUCCUCGGGCAUCUCAAAGGAAGACAAGACCCUAGGGAACCAGGGAGAGGCAGACCCCGACAUGAAGACCUUCCUAACUAUCGAGAUCAAAGAUGGACACACCAUCACCACCUCCUCCUCCUCCUGCUCCUCCUCCUCUUCCUCUAGAGGCAACCUGGCCUCCAUGGCCCCACGCAUCACCACCAACUCCAUGGGACAGAGAGCAGAGUUGACCAUGGGUCUGAGAGCGACCCCCUUCAAGACCUCCUCCUCCAGCCUCACUUCUGGAUCCUCUUUCAAGAUGGAGACAGAGCCUGUGAUGGCCUCAGAGCCAGUGUUUGCAGUGGAGCCCUCGGUGCAGGUGGCAUGCUGUCAGGCCCCGGCUACUGUACCCAACGGCUCUUCUGCAGCUCGGGCCAAAGUCGAAGAACGCUCCGGAAAACUGACUGCAGAACAGCUGGCCGCCAUCGACGACGAGGAGCUCCUGGAUAAAAUGCUGGAUGAGUCCAGGGACUUUGAGGAGAGGAAGAUGAUCCGACAAGCCAUGAGAGAUCUGCGUAAGAGGAAGAGAGAGGCCGUACUGGGAUGUACACAGGAGGAAAUAGACCAGAGAGAAAAGGAGAGAGAGGUUCGUCUUGUGGAGCUUCGGCAGCAGAGAGAAGAGCGCGCUCAGAAGGGUCGUACGGGAGGAGGAGGAGCUGAAGAGGUCGUGAUGAGGAAGGUGGAGAAGUCAGCUGAUGGCUCCACCCUCAGCCAAGUCACCAAGACAAACCACUUCGCCCAGUCUGGGGAUGGCAGCAGGACAGCUCACAGCACCAUCAUGGAGGCCAGUUAUGUGAAGAAAACAGACAUGGGGACAGUUCAGUCGAAGUCCUACAGCUACUCGUCUACCUCUUCCAGCUCCGCCAGGAAAGUGGGCAGUGUGUUUGACCGUGAGGAUGACUCGGCGUCCCGUGCUGCGGAGCGCCGGCAGGCAGAGAAGCGUAAGGAGCUGAUGAGAGCCCAGAGUCUGCCCAAGACGUCCGCCGCACAGUCCCGCAAAGCCAUGAUCGAGAAGUUGGAGAAGGAGAGCGGAGGUCCAGGGAAUAAAGCGGUUGCCAAGGUGAACAUGGUCCAGCGCUCCGCUAGCUGUGUGGUGCCCAAUGCCAACUCCAUCAAGCAGAUGCUGCUGGACUGGUGCCGCGCCAAGACACGCUCAUACGAGAAUGUGGACAUCCAGAACUUCUCGUCCAGUUGGAGUGAUGGCAUGGCGUUCUGUGCCCUGGUCCAUAACUUCUUCCCAGAGGCCUUUGACUACUCCUCUCUCACCGCUGCCAACCGCAGACACAACUUUGAGGUGGCCUUCAGCACUGCAGAGGAAUGUGCCAACUGCAUGCCCCUACUGGAGGUGGAGGACAUGAUGAUCAUGGGGAGGAAGCCUGACUCCAAGUGUGUGUUCACCUACGUGCAGUCACUGGUCAACCACCUGCGCAGGCACGAGAUGAAUCUCGCCAAGGCCUUUGCCAAACUCCAGGCCACCGACUUCUGAUCUGCCCCUGAGCUCACAGUGUGUCCUCUCCCAUCACACCACUAUACUGUACCCCUCCUGUCCUCCUGAGCCCUGUCCCUCAACACCACCCCUGUCCCAACAGGCUGACAGCAGCCCAGACUCUGAGUGAGGGGUGUUACUGAUUUGCACAUCUCUGAUGGCCAACGACAGAAGAGUGUUUGUGUAGGAGUGUCUAUCUCUGAUGAUUAUCUUUGUUGACAGUGGUGGCAUGUCAGACAGAAAUUCCCCUCCUCUGGACACACAUUUGUUCAGGCUGUGCGAACCUUCCCAAAGGAAAACUCCAACGUUUUCAUUAUAGAGAAUCUUUUUAAGCUUUAAUUGAUACGUUAUACUGAAAUGUAGUUGUAGUCCAUCAGUAGGCAAUUCUAUUCAUGCUUUGGAAGUCCUAGGUUUAUGGCACCAACAAAACCCUGCAUGAAAUGAACAUGAGAAAAAUAUGCAUUUUAUUGUACUCACUCACCUUAAUGCCUACAUUUUUUUUUCUGUGAUAAUUGUAAGAUGUUACUCAAGCUGUUGGUGAUGAUGAAGAAAAAUAAUAUGCAUCUGUUUUAUAUUCCUUCAGUCCCCACUCUGGUUCUGUUUAAGGUGUUAACAAAUCUGCUUGCUUUUUAAAACACAUCUACUUGAAUUGUUUUAAAUAGUCCUUAUUAUUCCUAUUUUGUUGUUAAUAAUUAUCAUUAUUACUAUUUAAGUUUAUUCAUAAGCACUGGUAUGGAGGGAUGUUAUUCAGUCAUUGUGUUAUAUAGUAGUUAGCAUUAUGACAUUGGUGGAUCUGUUUGUACAGCCCUAUGCUGGGUAAGAACCAUAUCUGAAUCUACAAAACCAGAUGACGUUAAAGCCAGACUAGGUUGUAAUAGCCUUUUUCUAAUACUGAAAUGUUAUGAAAGUAGUUGUGUAACUAUAAUUAAUUGUGUAUUUACACCACUCAUAUUUACAUAAUUUUGGUCAGAGUGGAGAAACACCCGUGUUGAAAAGUAGGUUCCCAAGUGCUUCUCAAACAGGUAAAAUCACACAUUGGUGUUGUUUCUAGAUUAUCAUGUCUUUAUUUCAGCUUUUCUCCCUGUCCUUACCUCAGUUUGUUACAUUGGGUCAUCAAAAGAAUCAGCAUAGGGUUGUCACAUUCAUGUUUGAGAUGCCAGCAAGAAUAAGGCUGUGACCUCAACGAUUUCCCUUCAAAAUAAAAGUCCAGCAAUGAAGAUGGUAGAAAAAUAAUACAAAUGGUCGAACCUCGUAACAUUUUAUUAGGACAUUUUCUUUCCUAAUAACAUUUUUUUAUUUUGUUUAACAAUAUUAAAAAAAAAAAAAGGAAAAUAGUUUCCCAACGCCCAUACGAUCAGACUGAGCAUUCCAAUGGCCAAAAUAGGCGCAGGGAAAUAAAUUAUAAAAAAUGUUUUUGAGUUAUUUUCUUUAAAUAAACACACAGACUGAUUUAUUAGACAGAGUAAUGAUUUAAAAAUACAAUUAAAAAGACUGCAUGGGGGCUUUAAGGGCCACAAAAUUAGCAGCGAUAACUGGGGUGUAAACUCUGUGGAUUUGGAAACUAGAAGUGCUCUUGAGUAGAAUGGACACCCCUUUUACUGCGGCACAAUGUACAGAACAUUUUGUACAGUCCAAUAAAUUAUAGAACAUACACAAAAAAACAUUGUUGACCAUUUACGCCUGAAAAAAAAGACAUAUCAUAGAAAUAAUUAAAAUAAUUAUUUGUUUGAUAAUGUAUAAAAUAUAUUGAUAAUUGUGCACAUUUUCCAUAAUUUUCUCCCUAAUUAUUAAUAUACAAAGUAUACAGGACAGGACUCAAAAUCCGUGACCUGGAAGUGCUUAGUUAUUUUUGCCAGCUUCACAAUGGUAUCACAUUCACACUGCCAGCACCAUAUGCUUUGAAGUUUUGUUUCAUGAGUGUUUCUUUUCUAUGAAUCAAACCUAUAGCCAGAACAAAGUUUAUGGUAAUGUAAUUAUUUGAUUGAAUAUGAAAGGUUUGUUGGCGAGGCCAACUUCUCUUCUCUACAUCCUUUGGCCCAAUGAAGGCUGGCUUUCAGCUCAGUUGAUUCUAUGACCGAUGAACAGGAGAGUAUUACUGAUAAAGGCUAAAUGUACUUUAUUUCCAAUGUAUAUUUUCUGAACUUAAGUGAAGAAAAAAWAUAUAUAUAUUCCAUUAUAUAUUAUGAUUUAUUUAUCAAGAAUUGUAAUACUUUUCAGUUAGAUUUAGAACUGGUUUUGAUGUAAUUAACURCUUUGUUAUCUGUAAUUGAGACUUGAGAAAGUUACACUUUUUCGAUAUUCCGCUCCUGCCAAUUUGGCAACCAGAGAGAGCUUUCUCAAACUA